AUAUAUAGUUGUAUUAUAUAUACUAUCAUAAGAGAGUUCACCACUCAUUCCAAAUGAAAAUCUCUUCUUCUCUUUUCCAAUGGGUAUUUCUGUGCUUAUGUGCUGUGAGUUUCUGUCAAGCUUCUUCAGAGGCUCCAGGUAUUAAAGAUGAAGAUACAUUUUUUCCAUUACCAAAGAAACCAUCUUUUAAGAAACACCAUGGGUUUUUUCAUCACCCCAUUCCAGGGUUUGAAAAGCCUCUUUCUCCACCAACUCCCAUUUAUAAGCCAGAACCAAAGCCAGAGUCGAAGUCAAAGCCGAAAUCAGAGACCAAGCCAAAGCCAAAGUCACAUCCAAAACCAGAGACCAAGCCAAAGCCAGAGCCUAAACCAGAGCCAAAACCAAAAUGCGAGCCCAAACCAGAGACCAAGUCAGAACCAAAGCCAAAAGAAGAGUCAAAGCCAAAGUCGAAGCCAAAAUCCGAGCCCAAAACAGAGACAAAGUUAAAACCAAAACCAAAAGAAGAAUCAAAGCCAAAGCCAAAAAUAGAGACAAAACCAAAACCUGAGCCAAAGCCAACAAUUCCAAUUAAUAAGCCAUAUCCCCAUCCUUUAUUUAAGAAGCCACCAUUUCAUCAUCCCAUUUUUAAGUCCCCACAUCCUAAUAAGAAGCCAUGUCCUCCCUCAUCUUCCUAGAAUAAGAGUGCGAGAGCUCGAAUUUCAUUUCCUAUGAAAUGUUGCAAAUAAAGGCUUCUUUUGUUGGUUGAAAAGAAGAAUUGUAUAAGAAAUCAAUGAAAUGUUGUGAUUAUUAAUUAAGGUUGAUUCAGUGUGUAAUAAUAUUUUGUUAAUGUAUCUUUUGAAUUAAUGGAAACAAAAAUGUGAAAUACAAUGUAUGGUACUUUCUUUUUAUAAA